UAUCAUCUAGUGAUUUAAGUACUACCAAAUUUAUCUAUGCUCAAGCAAGCAAGGAGGAGAGAGAAAUAAAGAGAUAGAGAGAGAGAGGAGCAUUACCAGGCUGAUGGAUUUCUGUGAUACUACUGGAAAUGAGAAUCAAGAUGGCCAACAAAAGAGAGACUUGUAGGGCCAUUCCAUUGUGCCUCAAAAGCAACGAUGAUGCUGAAGAGUAUCGAGUGGUUGUCUCUCUCUUGCUCCCCUCUUUUUCCUCCUCCCUCUUCUACUUCUUCUCAUUCUCCUUUUUAUUCUCUGUUGGCUCCACUCAUCUCUUUUUCUGACCUAAUCCACUUCCCAUUGCUUAAUCUUUUAACCAAAACUCCUCUCCUGUUGCAAUUUGCACAUAUAAAAAAACAUAAUCUUCCCUUAAACCCUUCAAUUGCAAACCAAGAAUAAGAGGAGUUGUAAGCAUAUUCUUCAAAGUUUUUUUAUGGGGUCCAAAGUUUUCUAAAGGGUAGGUAAAAGUUCCUGGUGCAUCAUUCAUUUGGCAUCCAUAUAUAAAUGACAUGUCUAUUUGAGCGUAAUCUAAACGCUCAACUUGAGCCUUACUGCCGACUGAAUCAAUCAUCUUCAAUCUUCCUACAGCGGAGAGUUGCUUAAUUAAGCCCCAUUCUUUCGUUUUCAUUCUUCUCUCUAUUUCCUUAAAUUUGAAGCAAUAAAUGCUCCUUAUUCUCACAACCUAACUCACUGUCUCUUCUCCUCAAGAAAGCUACUCUAUUUACUUCUCACACAUCCUUUCCCAUAUCUUUUACACACUACACGAAAUCUCUUUCUCUUCUCUCUUUAAAGCCACUAUUUUACCCUUAGGAUUUACAUCUCAGUUGGAAGGUUCAAAUGUCAAGGAAAGCGAGCAAACGAGUCAGCUUCAGUCCUGAUGUGAAUGAUAAGCCAACGGUUGUGCUCAAACACGGUGGCGGUGGUGAUGGCGGAGCCGGAAUGUGGAGCUUCGGCCUUAGCAGAGAAACAAGGUACUUGCCGGUGAGGUUUCUACAGAGCCUUAAGAACAGAGUAAGUGAAGCAAUUCGCUUUGUCUCAACAAGAAAGUCUUCACGAAAGGUUUCUUCAGCCUCCACUUUUACAAGGUCAAGAUCGGUCUCGGAUUCCAUGGAAUCGCAUCGAGCUGAAGCCAUUGAAGAUUGUAUCGAGUUCUUAAACCACUCUUCAUCUUUGUCCAGAUCAAAUUCAGUCUCUGGAAGUACUUACUGAAAGUUAUGUACUUGUGAGAAUAGAAUGUGCAUGUAAAAUUUAGUCGAUAUUUUAGACAUUCUUUUGCGUGCCCGUCUCUUUAAGAUGAUGCUUUAGCAGAUGAUAAUAGAGUUUCUGCCUUUGAAGCUCAGAAUUCUUUUGUCUAAAUGCCGUGAUCACGAGCAGAUAUCUGUUCAUUAAAAAAUUAAAUAAAUUGGAUAUCGACAAAA